CGUGGACUUGGGCGGCGCUGCCCGGUGGCUCGGCCGAGCGGGAGCGGCCCCGGACACGCUGCGCCCGCGCCGUCUGCGCCCGAUGCAGCCGCCCCCGGACGAGACCCGCAGGGACGCGGCCGAGGACACCCAGUGGUCCAGGCCCGAGUGCCAGGUAUGGACAGGGACGCUGCUGUUGGGCACAUGCCUGCUCUACUGUGCCCGCGUCAGCAUGCCUGUCUGCGCCGCCUCCAUGAGCCAGGACUUCGGCUGGAACAAGAAAGAGGCCGGCGUCGUGCUCAGCAGCUUCUUCUGGGGCUACUGCCUGACUCAGGUGGUGGGCGGCCACCUGGGGGACCGGAUCGGCGGCGAGAAGGUCAUCCUGCUCUCGGCUUCUGCCUGGGGCUUCAUCACCAUGGCCACUCCACUGCUCGCGCACCUUGGCAGCGCCCACCUGGCCUUCAUGACCUUCUCUCGCAUCCUCACGGGCUUGCUCCAAGGGGUUUACUUCCCUGCGCUGACCAGCCUGCUGUCCCAGAAGGUGCGGGAGAGUGAGCGAGCCUUCACCUAUAGCACCGUGGGGGCCGGCUCCCAGUUCGGGACCCUGGUGACUGGGGCUGUGGGCUCCCUGCUUCUGGACUGGUAUGGCUGGCCGAGCGUCUUCUACUUCUCCGGCGGGCUCACCCUGCUGUGGGUGGGUUACGUGUACAGGUGUCUCCUGAAUGAGAGAGAUCUCAUCCUGGCCCUGGGCAUCCUGGCGCAGGGCCUGCCCGUGUCCAGACACACCAAGGUGCCCUGGAGACAGCUCUUCCGAAAGCCUUCUGUCUGGGCAGCCAUCAUCUCCCAGCUCUCGGCGGCCUGCUCCUUCUUCAUCCUCCUCUCCUGGCUGCCGACCUUCUUUAAGGAGACCUUCCCCAGCUCCAAGGGCUGGAUCUUCAACGUGGUACCCUGGCUGGUGGCCAUUCCUGCCAGUCUGCUCAGCGGGCUUCUCUCUGACCAUCUCAUCAAUCAGGGUUACAGGACCAUCACCGUUCGGAAGUUCAUGCAGGUGAUGGGCCUCGGCCUGUCCAGUGUUUUUGCCCUGUGUCUGGGCCACACGUCAAGCUUUUGUAACUCUGUGGUCUUCGCAUCAGCCUCCAUCGGCCUCCAGACCUUCAACCACAGCGGCAUUUCCGUUAAUAUCCAGGAUCUGGCCCCUUCCUGUGCCGGCUUUCUGUUUGGCGUGGCCAACACAGCCGGGGCCUUGGCAGGUGUAGUGGGCGUGUGCCUGGGCGGCUACCUCAUCGAGACCACGGGCUCCUGGACAUCUGUGUUCAACCUGGUGGCCGCCAUCAGCAGCCUGGGGCUGUGCACCUUCCUUGUGUUUGGGAAGGCCCAGCGGGUGGACCUGAGCCCCGCCCAUGAGGACCUCUAGCCGCCCUGACCUACAUCCCUGAGGACCUUGGGCCAUCAGCAGGGAACUGGGCCCUGCUUAGGGGCCCCUUUGCUCCUGGCCCUAAAGGGAGGGAGCCUCAGCCCAGGGGGGCUGCGGCCUGCUUCCUCCGCCCGUGGGGGUCUCACCCUUCUUCCAGUUGGUGAAACUUCAGUGUGGAUGGAUUAGUAUCUUUAGUAGCAGCAGCUUCAUGACAGACACGGUCUGUUCUGUGUAGAUUCAUACGAGCCCCACGCAGUCAUCCCUCCCUGCGGUCAUGUUGGUGCAGGGCAGGUGGUCGACUGGAGUCUCCCCCCAGAACCUGCUUGGCUUUGUGUUUCGACACUGGGGGCCAGAUCAUGCUCUGGAGGGGGCCAUCCUAUGCACUUUAGGGUCUUUAGCACUAUCCUUGGCCCCCACCCACCAGACAGGCCCCUAGUCCCAACAGCCAGCCCUGCCUCCUGACAUGACCAAGUGUCCCCAGGGGACCUGUCCCUGGUGCCCCCUCCUGUGAAUCCCUGGGCACUGCUGAUGGACCUGCUCCCCUAGUGCCUCUUGAGGGUGCAUGGGCACCCCUCCUGGGCAGGACACACCCUGAACCAGUGAAACCCCUGUCCUCCUUGUUUUUCUCCCUCCCUGUUUACACUAGAGGGACCAGUUGUCUUACAGAUUAAUAAUAGACUCUGCAAGAUGUAUAUGUAGAAAAAAGAAACUAUGAGAAUAUGGAAAAUCACACCAAAGCCUUAUUUAAAUGAUGACUAUUAAACUAUUUAAAAAGAAAA